UUGGCCGAGUCUGCUUUUGUUUGUCUAGCUGAAGUGAAGAGGCUUCCGGAGCCAAGAGUAUUCAGAAGGAUAGAGCAAGACACGUGGCAACAACCCAUUUGCCAAAACAUUUCUGUCGAUAAGGAAAUGGAUGAUGCUAUUGUUCUAAGAAGCACAUUCUCAUUUCACUUAGGACUUUAAACCAAGCCAGAAUUCACUUCGCUCACAUACUGCAAGUCAGAUUGAGAGGCAAAAAACAAAAGCAAGAAAACAGAUAAACCAACCAAAUUUGCAGAGAUGGCUUCCAUGACCAUGGCAGCCUCCUUCCUCACUGGCUCAGCCUCAACCAUCACCAAACCUUCUACAGCUCGCAGGAGUCUCAUUGUGGCCAAGGCCUCAAGUGCCCCAGAAGGAGAGAAGGGCAGCUUGGAAAUGAAGAAGAGCAGCAGCAGCAGCAGCAGCAGUGGGAGGAGGGAUCUGAUGUUUGCUGCCGCAGCUGCGGCUUUAUGCUCCAUAGCCAAGGCUGCCAUGGCCGAUGAGCCAAAGCGUGGGACAAAAGAAGCCAAGGAGAAGUAUGCUCCUGUUUGUGUCACGAUGCCUACUGCUCGUAUCUGCCGUAACUGAUGAGGGAUCAGUUUUAUGAUCAUUUGCUUUGAUUCAGUCACUUAUGGUGGUUGUAAUGUAAAAUUUAUAGAACUUGUAUGUUCUUUGUAUCUUUUCUUUGGACAAUCUAUUAAUUAAUCUGGCUUCUUCCUCUUCUUAUUCUAUAAA